CUCUGUCCUCCCGCACCUUAUCUUGUUUAAAUACCUGUACUUCUUGUGGAGAGAGAAGGGGCAGAGCUAGGAGAGGGGGGAGAGAGAGAAACAAUAUGGCAUCGUCGUUGCAGCAGAGCCUGCCCGGCAUUGGCUGCCGCAACAUCUUGGCACGAGCGAGGGUGCAAUGUCUGACAGCGGCGCCCCAUGCGCCGCGUCUGCAUCUUCUCCUGCAUGUUAAUGGCGGCAAGAAGGGUCAUUCCCCCACCCUUAAGGCUGGCAAUACGAUAAGGUUAAGCCGGAGAAGGGACCUGUGCGUCAUCGCUGAAGCGACCGCGGCGGCCAAGGUCUCACCGGCGUCGCCUCGCGGCGUCACCAUCAGCGAUGUGAUUUGGCCUUCUGCUGGUGCAUUCUUGGCAAUGGCAGUACUGGGAAAACUAGAUCAAAUGGUGGCGUUCAAGGGAGUAUCACUGACCAUUGCGCCACUUGGAGCAGUCUGCUGCGUGCUUUUCAGCGCUCCAGACUCACCUGCAGCUAAGAAAUAUAAUAUGUUCGUUGCCCAGAUUAGCUGUGCGGCUUUUGGUGUAUUAGCCCUUUCAUUGUUUGGGUCUGGCUGGUUAGCAAGAGGUGCAGCUCUUUCUGCCUGCAUAGCAUUCAUGACCAUCACAGGUUCCUCACAUCCUCCAGCUGCAGGCUUGCCCCUCUUGUUUAUCGACAGUCCCAAGUUUCACAACUUGCAAUUAUGGUACGCUCUUUUCCCUGGAGCUGCAGGUUGCGUCGUUCUUUGCUUGAUUCAAGAGGUGGUAGUUUACCUGAAGAAGAACUUCAAGUUUUGAUUCAAGCUGAGUGACUUCAUGACUUCUUGUAGCAGCGGUUUCAUUAAUUAUUCAAUCAUGUACUAUAAAUCACAUGACCCGCAUUUGCAAGAAGUUGAGAAAAUGUAGAUUUACUGUCACUUGGUUGGGUUUACUGAACAGAAAAGGAAAGAAGGAAAAAUAGAAGAAAAAAAAUUCAAGGUACUCGAUCAAAGUUCAGAGCACUCAAAUGUGAAGUACAUACCAAAUCAAAGUGCAGAGCACUCAAAUGUCAAGUACAUACCAAAUUACCAAUCUAUCAUUGAAUGAA